AUGUUUAAUAAUCUACUAAUAUCACUACUACUACUACUGAGUUUAAUACAUGUUGGUUUAUCUGAUGAUUCUUCAACCGGUAUACUGAUGAGUGUUAUUACAAAUCCAUCAACUUCCACUACUAAUGAUAAUGCUAAUUCCGAAAAUGAUGAUUCCACAACAAGCACAGUCUCAAUAUUAACUACAAACACUCAAAAUAGUCCAAGCUCCACUAGAGAAACAACUACAAACGAUAAUAUUCCAACUACAACAACGAAUGACGGCAUUAUUCGAUGGACAUUUGCCAGAACAUCACAAACUACACCAUCUACUAGGUCAACAUCACGAGUAUCUUUCACAAGUACAUUGCCAGCUUCAAAGACAACUAUAAAUCAAAUAGAUUCACUGAUUUUUAGACUACAAUUUACUAUACCCGAAGGUGAUAAUUAUUAUAAUGCACCAUUAGCUUUAGGUCCAGAAAAUGAUCAAAAUUUGGAACUUAGACUCGAUUUAAUACAACCUCAUAUAUGGGUAAUGAAUCAUGAUGAUUUUAUAAAUUGUAAUUAUUUAAAAUCUUGGUUAAGUUCAGUUGAAUCUACUUUAUCUGAGACUACUUCACUACCGGCAGCUAUAACUACUGCUUCUCAAUACACUGGUAAUUGUGAUAAAUAUGGUUUAUACGUUAGUGCUACUUCAAACAUGCCCCAACCAUCAGAUAGUAACAUCGAAAACGGAGAUCCGUAUAUUAUACCAUAUAUUAAUCAAAUUAUGGCUAGUGGAAAAUGGGUCACUGAUGAUGUUUUAUUUAAUUUCACAAAUGGAUAUACUGGCAAACUAUCAAAUUUUUCAUUUAUUGAUGUUAAUGAAACUAAUAUGUUUGCUGGGGGGUUAGGAUUAGCAGGUAAUCCGUAUGGACGUGGAUUUUUAUAUAACUUGGUGAAUCAAAACAUUAUAAAGUCACCAGGUUAUUCAUUAUGGUUUAAUAAUUUUACUGAUUCUGAAAAUGCAAUAUGUGAAUUAAUACCGGGAGUAGUUAAUUCAAAAUUUUAUAUUGGAAAUUUAUAUUCAUUUGAUAUUUUACCACAACGAGGUUAUAAAUUUCCAGCUUCUCAACAACAAGCAAAUCAAGAAUUGAUAGAAUUGACGUUGCCCAUUAUUUCAUUAGAUGAUAUGAAGAUUGAAAAUAUAUUGACGGGACAAAUCGUGUCUAUAAAGUCAAGAACUGGGGGAUUACCUGUACUACUUAAUUCAAGAUCAAUCUAUUCUUAUUUACCAUUGGAUGUUAUUGUAAAUUUAGCUAUCCAGACAAAUGCUUAUUAUGCAAGUGAGAUUGGAAAAUGGUUAGUUGAAUGUGAUACAUUACAAAACAUAGAUGCAAGUGUAAAUUUUCAAAUGGGUAAUUUCCUGAUAAAAGUUCCAAUUAAUGAAUUUAUAAUAGACGCAUUAUAUCAAGAUAAGAUAUUAAAUUUUGAAAAUGGUCAUAAAGCAUGUUAUUUAACUUUCAUACCAACAAGUGGAGAUGGAUUGAACGUACUUGGACUUCCAUUUCUUCGUAAUAUUUAUUUAGUUGUCGAUAAUGAAGGUCGUAAAAUUGCAAUCGCCCAAUCUAACAAACACAUAAAUCCAGAAAAGGAAGAAGAGCAAGAGAGUAUGACCCAAUUUAAUCAGUCCAGUUUUAGUCAAGUUCAAUACUCAUCAUCUACAAAUAAUACAGCCGAUUAUAGUAUUGACUAUAUUAUGGCUGGCAAUAUUCCCUUUGCUACACUGAAUAAAUAUUAUAAUACUGAUAACUUAACUUUAAGUUAUAGUUCAAUGAGUGAUAAUUCAGGAAAUAGUAUGAUUUUAGAUAUACCUGCAAGAUUAACUGGUGCUAUUAUUAGAAGUGGAAGUAUUUAUGUUUCGGGAUUUUCUGGUCAACCAACUCCUGAAGAUGAAACUACAAGUGAUACGAAUAGUACUAGUUCAAGAGGUGGUGCAAGGAUAUUAAAUAAUAAGGUUGAGAUUGGUUAUGUUUAUGUUGAUUUGGGAUUGCUUAGUACUUUGGUUUCGAUUAUAAUGGUUUUGAUUGUUCUACUAUAG